GUGAUUCACGACACUACCAGAUUUUAACAAUAGGUUCUAUUCUUGGUCUUGAAGUUUCUGAUCCUCUUAUUUGUUGUAUUGUACACUUGUCUACUCCAAUCCUCUACCUACGUAACGUUUUCCAAUUCGUAUUAUCCUUGUGCCCAUACCAUUCGAUCCGUCCCGUAGCAACGACCCUGCCUCCGGUUCUGUUCCAUCACAUUCAUUAUGAAUCCUCAGAUGGCCCAGCAAGGCCAAGGCCAGCAAGCUGGUGCUGGUCAGGCACAGCAACGCCCACCACCUAUGUAUCAGCCCAACCAGAUCAGGAACCUUCCAACAUUGAGUGACGAGGAAAAGUCCAAGUACGAGGCCGGAUUGCAGGGUCUUUGGAACAAAGCCAACAACUCUCCCCAGAACAGCCCGGAUCACAUUGCUGCCCGUCAAAAAAUCAUAGAGUUUUCGAAGAUGCUUAUCACAAAGAUCCAGCAAAGACGAUCGCAGCAAAUGCAAGGACAGAAUGCCCAGAACCAGCAGGCUCGCCCUCAGCAAAUGCAACAGAACGCUGCUGGGCAAGCAAAUCAAGCACAGCCUCAGCAACAAGCUGCCGGGGCUGCUGCGGGUAACCAAUCAGCUGCCGCUGCUGCCGUUCGACGAAACCCGGUCCCCGAUCAUAUCCAGCAGCAUGUUAAUAAGAUCAAUUUUCGAGCACCUCAGUCCGUCAUCGAUAAAUCCGCUGCCGAGGCUACCAAAUGGAUAGAAGAAAUCAAGGAACGUUAUACCCGAGCCUUGAUGACUAUGGAUGCGAGCAAACAGAAGGUUGCUCAAAUUGAUAAAAUCAUUAAUGAUAGAGCCGCGGCUGGACAACCGUUCAAAGAAGAUGAGCUUCGACAGCUACAAUUGAAGAAGGAUCAGCAGCUCAAAGCCCAUACGGAUGCCCACAAAUGGGUUGACAGUGUCCGCAAGCAACAGGGAAGUUUGCAGGGCACUGGCCAGGCCCAAGCACAAGCUCAAACUCAACCGCAAGCACAAAACUCUGUAAGGUUGUCGCAACAAGGAAAUCAGCCAGUGCAGCAGGCUGCAGCGACACAACAAAAUCAACCCCAAGCACAGCCGAGGCCACAGCAGCAGCAGCAGCAGCAACAACAACCCCAGGCAACGCAAAACCAACCUCAAGCGGCUCAGCAACAGAACAACGCGCAAACUAACACUGCCCCUAUUAACGCGGCUGUCGAAGUUGCUAAACAGCAGUUAGCCGCCGUCAGUCGAGCUUCCCCAGUCAACGGAACACCUGGAGCAACAUCGGCGCAGGUACGUCCGGCGCAAGGGACACCUCAACCAGGACGCCAGCAACUACCAGCGGCGCAAGUUCAGGUUAAACAGGAACCUGGUGCUGCCCCCAUAAAUCCUGUGAUGGCUUCGACAGCUGCACAGAAUCAGGCUGGGACGCCAACCCAGCAGAACGCGCCACGGAUUCCUACGCCCCAACAAGCGGCGGCGGCUUCCGCUCCGGUCACGGCGGCGGGUCCUCAGCAGGCUCUCAGUCACUCAGCUGCGAUGGAUCUUGCAAACCAGAAGGCUAUUAACACUCCAGGAAGUGCCUCGGUGCCUGGCCGGCCUGCCGCAACUGGAACACCUACACCGGGUAGUGCAGUGAAUCAAGGAGUGAUGGGGCCUAACGUUCCCCAGCAACCAACACCACAAGGUCAUCCACAUGCACAUCCUCCACAACCUCAACAAACGCCAAUGCAGUCUAAAAUGCCUAUCCCCAAGGUGCUUCCCGAAAAGGCCACAGCCGUGCCUCAAGGUGUUUCGGUUGGUGGCGGCGUGAACACUGGUCGGCCUACAAUGUCCCAAGGAAGCGGAACCCUUGGCGGCGUUAUGAACCAACCGGCGAUGGCUAGAAUUCCCGCCUACAACCACGAAGCUGAGGGAGAUCACGUUUUGAGUAAGAAAAAAUUGGACGAACUUGUUCGGCAAGUAUGCGGAGGCCCGGCGGAGGGGCAAGAUGGAAACCUGCUCACUCCUGAAGUGGAAGAAAACGUCCUGAACAUGGCAGACUCGUUUGUUGACAGUGUCCUUCAUGCGGCGUGUCGAAACUCAAAGGAGCGUGGUUCCAAGGUGCUCGAGAUUCGCGACAUCCAACUUGUCCUGGAGAGAACUUACAACAUCCGUGUCCCUGGAUACUCGUCUGAUGAGCUACGUACUGUCCGCAAGAUUCAGCCGUCUACCGGAUGGAUUGCAAAAAUGAGUGCAGUCCAGGCAGCGAAGGUCAUGCCUGGCAAGGGUGAAUAAUGGUCUGGCCCUGGGAGAAAUGGUGGUGGUUAUGAGAAGGCUUAUCCGCGAGUAAAAAGAACAUCGGGCAUGGUACACUUUGUGUUUUGCAAAAACAGGCGUUGGGUGUAUACCCGGAACAAAUCGGCGUCAAGGGGUAUUCGUUUUGGUAUGAUGAGGCUAUUCUCGGAAAGUAGGUAGACCAAGAUUACAUGAGGUGCCUCUCCCAUAUGCAAGAGUUGACCUCCUAGGUUAUGAUGCAAAUAAUAUACGCCUACCUAAGUAUGACUCGACACUUGCUAUAGUCCUGGAACUUGAAGUGUCGCCAAAUUGCCAUCUUUCUUGCC